AUGGCCGGCCCUAGUCCCAGUCCUGACAAUGCCACAGCCCUGUCCACGAUAGAGACUAUCUACACCCAGCCCUUGGGGGCUUCGGAUCCUACCUUCCAGAGAGUCAAGCAAGCCUUAGAAAACCGCCCUCCGGAAGAACGCUAUAACCUUCAGUUGGAGAUAGGGGAGAUGUCUGCUACUACGCGACGAGAAGAGACAGGGUUCACACAUAUUGGUUUGAACAUUGGCCAUUUCCUAGUAACUGGACGUAGUGGGAACGCAGUGCAAGGAUCUGUGUCCUUUACCAAUGAGGACAGCGAAAACUGCACUAUCGCCCCCCCUAAGAUGCAUUUGCAUCUUGAAGAAUGGUGGUCCCAGAUUGCGAGUCACCUAGAUGCCCAGACGUCCGGCCACACAAUUGUGAUUUACCCUUGGAUGUAG